AUGACUAUUGCAAGUGCAUCAAAUGGGCCUACCAUGGCCUCAGCAGAAUUAAAUGAGGUCACUUUCAAGGCGACAGGCUCAUUUGAAAAAGAUCCCAUCGCCAUUGUGGGCAUGGCUGCAAAGUUUCCUCAAGAAGCAAGAACUGUAGAAGAUCUAUGGAACUUUUUAUUGCAAGCCCGGCAGGCUAUGACUGAUUUUCCUGCAGACAGGAUUAAUCGUCAUGGCCAUUAUCAUCCAGAUCCAGAACAUGGUGGAACGUUUCACGUCAAAGGAGCGAAUUUCCUCCUAGAUGACCCGGUGGAUUUUGAUGCACCAUUUUUCAAGGUGACCAAAACAGAGCUAUAUACACUCGAUCCCCAACAACGACUCGUUAUGGAAAAUACAUACCAUGCACUCGAGAAUGCAGGAAUAUCUAUGAAAGAUGUCACUGGUAGUAAAACGUCGGUGUACACUACUGGUUUUAACGUCGAUCAUGCUGCACUUUUGAAUGCAGAUCCAGAAACUACCCUCAAAUACAGACCGCAGGGUACCACCAACUCGAUUAUUGCUGGUCGCGUGAGUUGGUUUUAUGACCUCAAAGGUCCUUGCAUGACCAUUGAUACUGCUUGCUCGAGUAGUAUGGUUGCAUUACAUUUGGCUUGUACAAGUUUGCAAUUAGGAGAAAGUGAUAUGUCUAUUGUUGCCGGUGCGAAUUAUCUGGCAAAUCCUAUGGAUAUCAUGGGAAUGGCCCAUCAUGGCUUCCUGUCUCCAGACGGAAAGUGUUACAGUUUCGAUCAUAGAGCAAAUGGGUACGCUCGUGGAGAAGGCGUGGGCAGUAUUGUCGUGAAAAGACUGUCAGAUGCUAUCCGCGACGGAAAUACAAUAAGAGCUGUCAUUCGUGGCUCUGGAGUAAAUCAAGACGGCAGGACAGCUGGCAUUACACUCCCAAGUGCAAGUGCGCAGGAAGAUCUGAUCCGUAAGGUCUACGCCUCAGCAGGAUUGGACCCAAAAGAUACCAGAAUGCUAGAAGCGCAUGGAACUGGAACAUCAGCAGGAGACCCCGUGGAGGCUAGUGCAGCAGCCAAAAUCUUUGGCCCACAUCGAAGUACAUUCGACCCGCUAUAUAUUGGUGCUAUCAAGUCAGGUAUCGGGCACUUGGAGGGAGGCGCUGGUGUUGCCGGAGUCAUCAAGUCUGUGAUGGUUCUCGAGUCUGGUAUCAUUCCGCCUAAUGUUAACUUCGAGAAACCUAACCUUAAGGUGCCUGUUAAGAGAUGGAACUUGAAAUUUCCCCUAGAGAACACGCCCUGGCCAACUGAAGGAGUGAGAAGAAUAUCCGUGAACUCCUUUGGUGUUGGUGGCACGAAUGCUCAUGUUAUCUUGGACGAUGCCUAUAGUUACUUGACAUCUCGGAACAUGGUUUCAAUUCACAACACCGUCGAGUCAGUACCGACGCAGGAUGAUAUUCGUCGAAAGUUGAGUGAGCUGGAAAAACCCGCAACUACUGAGGAGCUGAUAGAGAACGGGGCAAUGAUCGAGCAACUGCAGACAAAUGGCCAUGUAACAAACGGCGAUCUACCGAAUAGGGUUUCGGAAGUGAAUGGACAUAUCAAUGUCAAAGGCCUUGAAUCACGUCCAAAGAACAGGAUCUUCAGCUUUAGCUCAUUUGAUGAACAAGGUAUACGGAGAAACGCCACUAGAAUUGCUGACUAUUUGAAGAAAUAUGAGACCCUAAAUUUGACAACUGAAUCUGAAGUUCUUGAGAGGUUAGCAUUUACACUCUCCGAGAAGAGAUCGAAAUUUCCCUGGAAAUCAUUUUUGGUUGCAAGCUCUCUGAAUGACCUCUCUGAGAACCUUACAGGAGACGAUACACUGACGGUAAUCCGAGCGGGCAACAAGCCUAGAAUUGGAUAUGUUUUCACUGGACAGGGUGCUCAGUGGCAUAACAUGGGAAAAGAACUUUUAGAAUAUCCCGUUUACCGUCGCAGCAUGGAAGAAGCAUCUGAAUACAUGAAGUCGAUUGGAGCAGAGUGGUCAGUACUCAAUGAAUUAUUAGUGUCGAAGGAGAACUCUAGAGUCAACUCACCGGCACUUUCACACCCAUGCUGCGCUGCUCUUCAGAUAGCCCUGGUUGAUCUACUUGCUAGCUGGGAUAUCCUUCCUUCCCGUGUGGUCGGUCAUUCAUCCGGUGAAAUUGCCGCGGCCUAUGCUGCUGGUAAGCUUGGUAGACGGGCAGCUUGGAAGGCUGCAUACUGGCGCGGAGUUGCGUCAGCAAAGCCCCUGAAUGUCAAAGGAGCAAUGCUAGCGGUUGGGCUUUCCACGGAAGACGCCAAUUCAUACAUUGACCGAGUCAAUCGGGAGAUACCCGGAGAGCUGAUUAUUGCUUGCUUUAAUAGCCCAAAGAAUAACACUAUAUCUGGAGAUGAAGCCAAGAUUGAUGCACUCAAGGUACUACUUGAUAAAGACGGAGUCUUUGUACGGAAGCUUAACGUUACCAAUGCGUAUCAUUCCGAUCAUAUGAACUUGGUAGCUGACCACUACCUUCAAGGGAUGGGUGACCUGACUGCAGAAUCUCCAGAUAGUCGGUUUCGAGAUGCAUUGAUGUAUUCAAGCGUGACCGGAGAACUGGUUACGGACAGCCUCCUCAACGCCCGUUACUGGGUUGAGAAUAUGGUCUCACCGGUACUAUUCUCUGAGGCAUUGAUUGCUAUGGGCUAUAAACUAGAGGAGAAGAAAGCCAAGCUUCAACUCAAUGCCGAUUCCGAAUACCAGGUGGAUGUUAUCCUUGAAAUUGGCCCACAUGGUGCUAUGAAAAGUGCUAUAAAAGAGACCAUGGCGUCUCAAAUCAGGGGAAGUUCCGUGGCGUACAUGAACGUUCUCGAUAGAACCGCACCAGGUACAGAAAUCAUUCUCAAUGCUGUUGGAAGUCUUAGCUCUCGUGGCUACCCAGUCAACAUUCAAGCGGUCAAUCAAACCCCUGGAAAGAAAAUGCCCAAAAUGCUGGUUGAUCUCCCUCCUUAUAGUUUUGACCAUGCCGAGCGAAUCGUCUAUGAGAGCAGAUUGAGCCGAAAUUUCCGACUAAGGAAGCAUCCAAGACACGACCUAUUUGGAGCUCCAGUUACCGAUUGGAAUCAGGAGAACCCUCGUUGGCGUCAAAUAAUCCGUCUAAGAGAGCUCCCUUGGCUGAGGGAUCACAUUGUGACCGAAAACUUUGUUUAUCCGGGAGUUGGCUACAUCAUCAUGGCUGUCGAAGCUUGUCGUCAAAUUGCAGACCCAGCUUUGACUAUUACAGGAUUCCGGUUAAAAGACGUUUCAAUCAAACGUGCUUUGAUCAUCCCCGAUUCCAAGGACGGAAUAGAGACAAGCCUCUCCAUUACAAAGAUGGAUGAAGCUAGUAUGUUGCCAUCACAAAUCUGGAGUCGAUUUGCCAUUUCGUCAUAUAACUCUGUAGGGGAUGACUGGAUCGAGCAUUGUACAGGGUAUAUUUCCACUGAAUACGAAGCCAAGGCCAAUCCAAUAGACAACGGUCGUGAAGCAAGUUGUGAAGCAGCGAAAUGGCGCGAGACACUAGACACAACUUUCAGACAAUGCCGAUCGCCUAUGGAUAUCAACAGUAUCUACGACAACUUGGUUACAACAGGUCUUAACUUUGGGCUUCUCUUCAGAAAUCUAGGAGAUGUAAAGGGAAGCGGACAAAACCGUGGAGAAAUUGCUGCAACUCUUACGGUCCCAGACGUCGCUAAAGUUAUGCCUAAGCAAUACAUGCACCCGCACCUGAUCCAUCCAAGCACUAUGGACAGCAUGUUUCAUUAUUUCCUUUUGUCAGUUCUUGAUCUCACUGGCAAAGCAACUUUGGAAUGUGCUAUCGUUCCAGUUUUUGUCAAGGAGGCCUGGCUCUCAGCUAAGAUUCCUUCUGCGGCUGGUGCACAAAUGAAAGGGUAUGGAAAGUCAUCAAUGAUAGCGUACGAAAAGUACGAAUCCGAUAUCAUGAUAUGGGAUAGUACAGGAAAGGAAGGAUUAGUUUCAAUCAAAGGACUUCGAGCUACACCGUUAGAAUCAAAUAUCACGACAGACGUUCAAAAACGUAAUCUAUGUCACACUAUUGAGUGGCCGAUCGACGUUGAUUUUCUUACAAUUGACCUUUUUUCAAGGGUUCCAAGGUCUCCACUGGAAGCUGAGAAAAUGUACUUGUAUCGGAUUAACCGGAUGCAGCUGGCUGUCAUGCUCAACGUAACCGACGCUCUUAAUGAUCUUGCGACAGACUUCGAUCCAACGCUUCUACAAGGACACAAACGCCGUUACUAUGAAUGGUUGGUCUACCAGAAAGAGAACUUGGAAAAAGAUCAGAUAAUUCAUCUGUCUUAUAAGGAAUGGGCCGAUAGAGCCCAUGACGCGAAAUUUAAGAACCAGCUUUAUGAAGAGGUUGCAGGUUACAAUGGUGAUGGAGCACUCGCUGUGCGUAUGGGUACCAACAUAGUCCCUUUCCUGAAGGGAGAGACAGACCCAUUGCAACUCAUGUUUAGUGACGAUAUCCUAGACCGCGUUUAUGACGAAGUUGUCGCUCUAGGAGACAUACCGGCCCUAUUCAAAGAAUACCUGCACCAUGUCUACCGCAAUUCUUCAAAUCUUCGAAUUCUGGAAAUUGGUGCUGGAACAGGUGCCUCAACUGCUCCUACUUUAAAUAUUCUCAGUCCUCUCAGUGAUGAUGACACUUCUUCCAACCUCACCUCACGGAUAAUCCAAUACACGUUCACAGACGUCUCGGCCGGGUUUUUCGAAAAGGCCAAAGAAAGGUUCAGCGCUUGGAGCGACAUUAUUGAGUUCAAAGUUUAUAAUGCUGAAAAGGAGCCGGCAAGUCAAGGUUUAGGAGUUGGUACAUACGACUUUGUUAUUGCUGGAAACGUUGUACACACAACCACUAGCCUGCGAAAGACCCUAUCUAAUAUCCACAAAUUGCUCAAACCCGGCGGCAAGCUUUUGAUGCAGGAAGGUACUCGCCAAAACUUCUUGUACUCUCCAGUUGCAUUCGGUCAACUACCCGGUUGGUGGCAAGGGACAGAACCUAGUCGCACCUGGAGCCCAUGGGUUCCAGCGGCGGUGUGGGAAACACAGCUUCGAGAGUCUGGGUUUGAUGGAAUAAAUCUAGAGUUUCCCGACUGCCAAAACCCCGAUCUUCACACGCAGAGUCUCUUCGUUGCUACGGCAAUCGAAGGGGCAAAGAAAUUGAAGGGAGAUGAUGUUGUGAUUGUUACUUCCGAGCAGUCAUCGCUUGAGCUUGUCCGAGCUGUAGAAGAUGCACUGAAAAGCCGUAUUGGCAAAGCCUCAUACCGCAUACUCGAUUUUAGAAAUCUACAGUCCGACAAGUCACUGUCCAGCAGCGUUUGCGUAUGCAUGGUCGAGUUAGAACGGGGGACUUUGUCUCAACUGACUGAAGAAGAGUAUUUGAACAUUCGUCAUCUCCUUUCAUAUGCAGCUGGGGUACUGUGGGUUACAGGGGACAUUGACCGCGAACCAACAUUAGGAAUGAUAGUUGGUAUGAUGCGGUCUAUUCGCUGGGAGCGUGAUGUUGAUGAAGCCAACCUUAUACUGCUUUCAACAACAGAGCCACGGCCUGCACUGAAUGACUUCGUUGCACAGAUCAUCCGCGUUUUUGAUAAACAGUUUUUCAGCGGGGCAUCUGAAAGCAGACCCAAUGCUGAAUAUACAUUGAAGGACGGAAUCAUAUACACGAAUCGUCUGAAAGACCAAGACUUAUCAAAUGAGUACUUGAACUCCAAAUUUGCCAGAUCGACGCCGAAGAUGAUACCAUUGGGUGAGGCAGGUAGGCCAGUAAAACUGAGCACCUCAGCUCCAGGAAUGCUGAACAAGAUUGAAUUCGUCACUGAUACUGUGUACAACGAACCCUUGGCCGACGACCUCGUCGAGAUUGAAGUCAAAGCCGUUGGUCUGAACUUUCGUGAUGUUAUGAUUGCCAUGGGUGAGCACAUGGCCUACUCCUUGGGAAAUGAAGCAGCUGGUAUUGUGUCUCGCGUGGGAGCCGGGGUUCCCGAUUUGAAAGUCGGUGACCGGGUUGUUUACAUGUGUGGAUUUGAGGCGGUUGGUUGCUUCCACACAUAUGGAAGAGUCCAGUGGCAGAACGUGGUCAAGAUUCCAGAUAGUUUGAGUUUUGAGGUUGCUGCAGGGUUACCUUGUGUUUAUUCUACGGUGUUAUAUGGCCUCUAUGAAAUCGCCCGCCUUUCCGAAGGGGAAACAAUCCUCAUUCACGCCGCAGCAGGUGGCGUUGGACAAGCUGCUAUCCACCUGGCUAAGAAUGUUGGCGCGGAGAUCUUUGCUACAGUCUCAUCUCACGAGAAGAGGACUUUGCUAAUGAAUGAGUAUGGCAUCCCAGAAGAUCACAUCUUCUCUAGCCGAGACGUUACCUUUGCCAAAGGUAUCAUGAGAAUGACCAACGGCCGAGGAGUGGACGUUCUUCUGAAUUCCUUGUCUGGGGAAGCUCUACGCAAAUCUUGGGAUAUUAUGGCACCGUUUGGUCGCUUCAUCGAGAUUGGUAAGAAGGAUUCUCAACUAGGAGGCCGUAUUGAGCUUUCACCAUUCCUUCGGCAGGCAAUGAUGGCCAGUGUCGAGUUGCCUAUGAUGAUGAAACAUAAACCCCUCGUGUUCCGUCGUCUCAUUGCGCAAACUGUACAGCUAUACGAAGAAGGAAAGAUUAAGCAGGCAAAACCCACACAAGUCUUGAGCUACGACAAGAUUGAAGAGGCGUUGCGUACGCUUCAGUCCGGAAGGGGAAUGGGCAAGAUUGUACUUGUCUCCUCACCAACAGAUGUAGUUCCUAUCGUUCCUGAACAGCCAGCUGAUUACAGGUUUGACAGCAAUGCAACAUAUUUCCUUGCAGGUGGACUUGGCGGUAUUGGUCGAAGCAUCGGCCAAUGGAUGGCGUCCAAGGGAGUGAAGCAUAUCGUCUUUUUGUCGAGAACUGGGAAGAUUACAGAGUCUGUGCAGAAGAUGAUUAAUGAUCUUGACAGUAAAGGUUGUCAGGCCCAUAUCUUUGCUUGUGAUGUCUCAGACAGCAAGCGUGUCCAGGCCGUAGUCGAGGAGGUUACCCAGAGUCUGCCACCAAUCAAAGGUUGCAUUCAGGGCUCCAUGGUCCUUCGAGACGGUAUGUUCGAAAAUAUGUCGUACGAUGACUUCCAGGCUGCUAUUCUCCCCAAAGUUCAGGGAUCAUGGAACCUCCACGAAUACCUCCCACGUACCAUGGACUUCUUUGUCAUGCUGUCAUCAGCCACAGGCAUCUUGGGUAAUCGAUCACAAGCCAACUAUGCGGCGGGAAAUACGUAUCAAGACUUCCUUGCGCGAUACCGUGUUUCACAGAACCUUCCUGCUACAAGCAUCGACCUAGGCACUGUGCUCUCGGUUGGUUAUGUGGCCGAACACCGAGAGAAUAUGACCACUCUCGCCAACGUCUUGGAGGUCAUUCGUGAAGAUGAAAUUCACACACUUCUUGAAUACGUUAUUGAUCCUCGCUGCAAGAAUGAAGAAGGUCUGGGACGCGCUCAGUUGGUUGUUGGACUGACCACGACUGAAUAUCUGAGACAGAGGGGAGUGCCGCCACUCUCUUAUCUGAGUUAUCCUCUCUUUACCCACCUCAAUACUACAUCGGUAUCUUAUAGACACCACAAGGGAGAGGAUCCGGCACAUCUAGCGGUCAUUGCAUUGCCGUACGCUACCACCAAGGAGGAAGCGGUAGGUAUUGUGCGUGACGGAAUUCGACAUAAACUUGCCUCUCUGCUGGCAAUCCCUGUCGAUAAUAUUGAUUCAAACAAAAGUGUGAGCAGCAACGGUGUUGACAGCCUGGUGGCUAUGGAGUUCAGAACAUGGCUGGUGAAGGAUCUUGGAGCAGAGGUGCCAUUGCUUGAGAUUAUGGGAACAGAAAGCUUGGCUACAAUUAGUGAAAAAGCUGCGACUGUCAGCAAGUUAGUGAGAUAA